GUCCUAGUUACAUUUUUGUGUCAAACGCUGGAAACUGCACCGUGAGGAAGCCAGUGUGAAUCAUGCUGUCUCUUGGCGCCAUGAAAGAUGGCGUCAUCCUACCUAGUGAGGAAGACCGGAAACGGAUUAUUACCCAAAUGAAAGUAAGGACAACUCUGAAAGGGGACAAGAGUUGGAUCCAUCAGAGGUCUGAUUCUGAGGAGAAGCAGAACCACAGUCCAUUGGCAUCUUGUACAGCGCCAUCUUCCCACAGAGAACCACAGUCUCCUUCAGCACAAAAAAAUAUUCCCCCAAAGUACAAAGCAAGGAGAACAGGUGGGAUGGUGAAUCAAACCUCCAUACAGGUAAUUCAUACAGGUUGA